UGCUAUAGAGACGAGGCCUGGCGAGGCCUGCUUUGAAACGCAAAUCCUGGCGGAGGCAUGGUGGAGCUCGGGGAUGGUUUCCGCGGCGCGGCUGCUUCUAGGCGGCUCCUCCUCCUCCUCGCCCUGCUGCAGCCGGGAAGCGGCGAUGACGGCUGGGACCCGGCGGGAUACUUGCUCUAUUGUCCCUGCAUGGGGAGAUUUGGGAACCAGGCAGACCAUUUUCUGGGCUCUUUGGCAUUUGCCAGGAUGAUCAAUCGGACUUUAGCCGUGCCUCCCUGGAUUGAGUACCGACACCACAGGCCUCCAUAUACGAAUCUGCACGUUCCCUACAAAGAAUAUUUCAAGGUAGCCCCUCUCCUGGAAUAUCACCGGGUCGUUACCUUGGAAGAGUUCAUGGAGAAGCUAGCUCCUGUCCACUGGCCUCCUGGGAAGAGAGUGGCCUUCUGCUUUGAAGCAGCAGCUCAGAGAAGUGCUGAUAAAAGGACUUGCCCCAUGAAGGACGGAAAUCCCUUUGGGCCCUUUUGGGAUCAGUUUGACGUGGAUUUCGAUAGGUCGGAGCUGUUUGGGGGCAUCUCCUUCAGUGCCUCUUACAAGGACCGCUGGAUCCGAAGGUUUCCACCCUCUGAAUAUCCUGUUGUAGCCCUCCCGGGUGCACCGGCCCAGUUUCCAGUUCUGGAGGAGUUCCGGCCUCUGCAUCGGUUUAUGGUGUGGUCUGAUGAACUGGUGGACAAGGGAGAGUCCUAUAUUAAUUCCUUCCUAGUCAGACCCUACGUGGGAAUACAUCUACGAGUGGGCUCCGACUGGAAAAAUGCCUGCAAUAUGUUGAAGGACGGCACAGCCGGAUCUCACUUAAUGGCUUCCCCUCAGUGUGUGGGCUAUAACCGUAACACUGCUGCUCCCCUCACCAUGGACAUGUGUCUGCCAGGCCUGAAUGAGAUCGAACGCGCCCUUGAGCUCUGGGUGAAUGCAGUCGAAGCAAAAGCUGUGUACGUUGCGAGUGAUUCUGAGCCCUACACCAACGAAAUACAGCAGCUCUUCAAAGGAAAGGUAAAAGUGGUCUACUUGCAGCCUGAAGUGGCCCAGAUAGAUUUAUACAUCCUCGGCCAGGCUGACCAUUUCAUUGGGAAUUGCGUCUCCUCCUUUACUGCUUUUGUAAAACGAGAGCGUGACGUGCAUGGGAGGCCGUCCUCCUUUUUUGGCAUGGACCACCCACCCAAGCUGCGAGAUGAGCUGUAGUAUGCUGAGGACGAGUUACCUCUUCCCUUCAGCCCACCCACGGCACACAACUGGGAUAAAUACGGGGCUCUGAGGAAAGCCAAGUUCUGCACAAGUUUGAACAAGCUGCAUAGUUCAUGUCGGUGGCUGAAAGGAUGCGUCUUCCAGGAAUUUGUUCCUCCUCAACCAAUCCACUCAGUUUCCUCUUAUUUUUGUGCUCCUUUACUGCGGCUCCUGGGACUGACUUUCUGGGUUGGUGUUUUCUUAAUACACAAUAUUCUCACAAAACAGCCUGCUCGGUCGCAAGGCGUUUUCUAGAGUUCAGAACUGGAAGAUUCAUUCCAAAUUAUGUGGCUAAUUGACUGAAUGCACCUGCUACGUUUCAGUUUACUAGUCUGGAAAAAGAAUUUAUUCUUGAUGUCUUUCACUGACAGAAGUCUAAGAGGACACAUUUCACAAUCUUCAGAGAACAGCAACAGAAAAGGAAUAUUAGUCAUAAUAACACUGGAUCAGCAGUGUCAUCUGCCAGACCCAGGAAGCGGGAUUGCAGAAGGCUGGCGGCAUGGGGUUAUUUGGGGGGGGGCAUUUCAUAUUAUGAGAGAUCUUUUUAAGCGGUUUUGUAUUUUACGUAAAUUGCAGUCCAAACACUGUAUGUGGUAUAAAAUGAAACUUCUUAAAAGUACUGCCAAGAAACAUCUUGUUUAAAAAAUAUAAUUACUGCGGAUAGCACCCAAAGGUUCUGAUGCACUGGUGGGGCACACCUUUCCACUGGCGAAGGGCUCUACUACAAGUGAGACAGAACCUUUGGAUCUGACUCUUCCAGUAUAAUUAUUGCCUACUUUUCUCAGACACUUUUACAGCACAGUGGAUUCCAGCAUAUCUAAAGCUGUUUGAGUUGUUUGCAGCAAGUCAGUUGUGUGUUAACACCUCAGAAGACCCAGCCUGGCCUGUAUCUUGAAACUUUGCUUCUUACAGACAUUACGGAAACGGGAGUGGGGGCGGGAACGACAUUUCGGUAUUCAUUCAUUAUUGGAUGUCCCACAUUCUGUGGGCUUCUAUUUUAUGUUUCCAUUUUAUGGGCUUCCAUUUUAUGUUUACAAAGCUGCGUGUUUGUGGUGCUGAGCAGGGCAUAACCACUCAUUUUGCUUUACAUUUCAGAGGCUAUUUUGGCAUCUUUGGAAAGAGGAGCCAAGAGCCAACAGGGUCGUGGUAUAAAUAUUUCCACCUUUCCCUGAAAUCUUAGCACAACUUUCUCUGUACAUCUGAACUAGGUCCAUUCAGUUAGCUCUAGAAUUUUAAAACAGCAACCUAGAUUACUGUAGAAGAAUUGCAAAUUGUCAUGUCAGCUAUUUCUUGUACCUUUUCCCCAUCGUAUACAAUCAGUAGUAACUUACACAAUUGUGUACAUUCUGAACACUGGCAGGUUAUUUUGGCUACUGAAUGCAUGCACUAAAUAUCUCCUUAUUGCAAAGUCUUAGUGGAAGAGACAGCAUAUGAAUCACUGCUGUGGAGACGGAUGCUUUUUAAAGGUGUCUGUGUGUAUUGUUGGGCUUGAAGAGAUCCAGUGUGGCGGGGGGGUGGGGGGGCAGUGUAGGACUGAGCCACAGAAGCUCCCUACUUGACGUCAGGCCAGUUAUUCUUUCUCUGCCUAAUCUACAUCGCAGGCUUGUUGUGAGGAUAAAAUGUAGGAGGGAAAAACCAUUUAUGACGCUCUCAGUUCUUUGUAAUGGUGAUAUUAAAAUAUAACGUAGUUUAAGACUUGACAAAUUUUCUCAAACUGUAGGAACCAGCCCAAAAAAAAAAAGAGAUGCCAGACAUAUGACACAUGCAUGUCUUUUAUUGGCCAUAUUUUCUAUUUAUUGGCACCAUCAAAUCAAAUUUAAUUCCAAUCUGUGACAAAGGUAUUGUAGUAUAUAAAUAAAUAUAUUGGGACCAAUUAAGAAAUCAAUUCAUCCACCACCAUUAAAAGGUGUAAAGUUAAGUUUACAUAUAAGCUAGCAGUGACAGGAAUAGGCACAUUUAUUUUAUAAUAGUAAAUUUAUAAAUGACAUAAAUAAAAUAAGAG